UACACACACACACACACUCAGCAUCCGCCACUCCUACCGUCUGCACCGCCAUGCUGGGCCGCGGCUGCCUCCUCUUCCUCGUCCUCAUUGUAGCCGCUGUGCUCUUCAUCGCCCCGGCAUCGUACUCCAACUCAUCUCCGCCCUCCUCUCGCGCGGCGCCCACCACCUCCCCGCCGCCCCCCGAGGAUGAUAACGCCACGACGACGCCCACGGCAGGGGCGGGGGGCGUCAGACUUCCGGAGACGCUUCAGCCCUUUCGGUACGAGGUGCGUCUCCGGCCCUACCUGAGCGGGGCCUUCAGGGUGGAGGGCUGCGUACGUGUUGAGAUGAUGGCGCGUGCCCCCACCUCCGCUGUCACCCUGCACAUGACCGACAUCGUCACCCGCAACCACACAGCCAAGGUGGUGGAGGCGGCGAGCGGCAGGGAGAUCAGGGUCGUGUCGCAGAGGUACGCGCCCCUGGAGAUGCUGUACACGGCUGAGCUGGCGGAGGAGCUCUUGGAGGGCGGGAACUACACCUUCUCGGUCUGCUUCCUCGGGACUCUGGGGCAGCAGGCGCGAGGGUUCUACAGGUCCUCCUACACCAAAGAAAACGGAGAAACCAGCUGGGUGGCGUCGACGCAGUUCCAGGUGACGGACGCACGCCGAGCCUUCCCGUGCUUCGACGAGCCGCAGCUCAAGGCCACCUUCAAGGUGUUCCUGGCGCGGCGGGAAGGCAUGACGGCGCUCUCCAACAUGCCGCUCGUCGCCUCCACGCCCAUCGAGGGGGAGGAAGGCUGGGUAUGGGACGAGUUCGCAGAGUCCGUCCCGAUGCCAACCUACCUCGUCGCCUUCGCUAUCUCCGACUACCCGAGCAGAGUCCUCAGGGGCGGGAAGGACAACUCGACCCUGAUCAGAGCCUGGGUGAGGGAGGCGGCGCUUCCGAAGGUGGGCCGCGGGAUGGAACUAACCGCCCUGGCCAUUGAGUUCUUUGGGGAGUUUUUCGGCGUGGCCUUCCCGCUGCCCAAACUGGACAUGAUCACCCCCCCGGAGAUGGGCCCCAACGCCAUGGAGAACUGGGGGCUGGUGACCUAUAGGGAGUCGGGGCUGCUGUACACGCCCGGCCAGUCCUCGCUGCGCACGCGGGAGUGGAUCACGUACCUGGUGGCGCACGAGAUGGCGCACCAGUGGUUCGGCAACUUGGUGACGCUCAAGUGGUGGGUGGACCUGUGGCUCAACGAAGGCUUCGCCACUUACCUGGGCGAUGUGGGCGUGGACCAGGCUGAGCCAUCCUGGGGCAUGCUGGACAUCUUCGUGGUCAAGAGGCUGCAGUCCGUGAUGGCCCUGGACGCCCUAAGGUCCUCACACCCCGUCAGCGUCCCGAUCCCCGACCCCGCGAUCAUCAACCAGAUCUUCGACAUCAUCACCUACGAUAAAGGUGCGUCCAUUAUCCGCAUGAUGGGGAGCUUCCUGACGGAGGCCGCCUUCAGGAAUGGCCUCAAGAACUACCUCACCACCCUCAAGUAUAAAAAUGCGGAGCAGGACGACCUGUGGCGGCACCUGACGGAGGCGGCUCACGCGGCGGGCACGCUGCCGCCGGAGCUGAGCGUCAAGGCCAUCAUGGACACGUGGACGCUGCAGAUGGGCUUCCCGGUAGUGACGGUGACGCGCCUCAACGAUACCACCGCGGCCGUCACCCAGGAGUACUUUGUGCUGGACGAUGACUCCAAUUCAUCCUCUUCCUCCUCGUCCACCUCUUCCUCUUCCUCUGCCUCUCCUUCGCACGAGAAGAAGUGGUGGGUGCCCUUGACGUACACAACCGGGGACAGCCCUGACUUCAACGACACGAGGGUCAAGCUCUGGCUGAGUGGAGAGGAGGGGCAGGCCUUCGUCGAGGUCCCGCAGCCUUCACAGUGGGUCGUAUUUAACGUGCGACAGAAUGGCUACUACAGAGUCAACUACGACCUGGACAACUGGAGGCUGUUGACGCGGCAGCUGCAGGAGGACCACCGGGUGAUCCACGCCACCAACAGGGCACAGAUCAUCGAUGACGCUUUCAACUUGGCUCGAGCCGGUCGUCUGUCCUAUGCCACCGUCCUGGAUCUGAUGUCGUACCUCGCGAAGGAAAAGGAGUACGUGCCGUGGAGGGCCACCUUUGCCAACAUACGAUACCUGUAUUCUAUGUUCCACCGUGACCCGGCCUACGGUGCCCUUAAAAACUACAUUCUUUCUCUCAUUCAGCCGCUGUAUGAUUCUGUCGGGUUUGAGGACAACCUCUCUGAUCCCUACCAGACUCGACUCCUCCGGUCCGACAUGUUGGCCUGGGCGUGUCGUCUCGGCCACGCUCACUGCCGCAACAUGUCCCUUAGCCUGUACCGACGCUGGAUGGCCAACCCCACAGACUUCGAGGGCAUCUCUCCCAACCUGAUGCUGGCGGUGGGCUGCACGGCCGUGGAUGCGGGAGGCGAGGCCGAAUGGAACUUUGCCUGGAAACAGUCCCAGCUGGUGGACGCCCUGGGCUGCACGAACGAGCUCUGGCUGUUGAUGCGUUACCUGGAGGGAGCAUUUAACGCCUCCUCAGGCAUCCGCAGACAGGACGCAGCGAUGUCCUUUCGCCGGGUGGCCAAGCACGCCCACGGAGCCAUCCUGGCCUGGGACUACAUGCGCGCCCACUGGCCCAAGAUCGCGGAGUACAUCGGCGUCACGUUUUUUGCGCUGCCCAGGAUGGUGGAGGACGUGACCGGCUCCUUCAACACUCCGCAGCAGCUUCAGGAGCUCCAGGAAUUUGAGAGGCAGUACCAGGGUCAGCUGCUGACGGCGGGUACAGCGGUGCAGCAGGCGGUGGAGGCGGCGCAGAUCAACCUGGCGUGGAUGCGUCACAACAGGAUGUUCAUCGUGGAAUGGCUGGCUGGCCGCGGCUUCACCUCAGACCUGGCCAGUCUCUAGCACGGCGCCGCCUGAGAGGAGCUGCUGCUUUUAAUUUACAUGAGUUAUACGUAAUAUAUUUUCUAUGAGACAGCGAUAAAAAAAUGGUCUUUUAUUAGGGAGACUAAAUAAAUAUGGAGUUUCUACACAAUUUUA